GAGAGGAUUCAAACCGCCAGGAAAGGAAGAAAACGAGUUAUAGAGCCGCGGUCAGGGAGACCAGAGAUGUGACAGGAAACCUGGAUGUACAGGACUGAUGGAGUCACUUUCACCAUGAAGCUGCUCAGUCCAUCAUAAAUGUAAAAUCAAAUGAAGCCCUGAGCUUUCAGACGAGUGAGAAUCAUAUGGAAACAUUAAACUCACAUCCUGAUGGAGGACUGACAGGAUCAUCAUGGAUACACACACAGGUUUCAGAAGUCUUCUCUACAGGAUAUAUAACACACAGUGCUGAAGAUCUCUGGUGUGGAAGCCGAGGACCCACUGAUGGAGAUCCAGGUGCUGAUGCAGGUGAUGCUGUUCGCCCUGCUGUGUGAGGUGUGUGUUGGGACUGAGGAUAGGGUUCCCCCAUCAGACAGACAUGCCGUCUACUGGAACAGUUCGAACUCCAGGUUCUGGCAGGGCGAGUACAUGGUGGCGGUGAACAUUAACGAUUACCUGGACGUGUACUGCCCGCACUACGAGGACCCGCCACCCUCCAGCAGGAUGGAGCGCUACAUCCUCUUCAUGGUGAACCACGACGGCUACGUGAGCUGUGAGCACCGCAUGAGAGGGUUCAAGCGCUGGGAGUGUAACCGGCCUCAGAACUCCGACGGUCCGCUCAGGUUCUCCGAGAAGUUCCAGCUCUUCACUCCCUUCUCGCUCGGGUUCGAGUUCCGGCCCGGACACGAGUACUACUACAUCUCUUCUCCUCAUCCUAAUCACGCUGGGAAACCGUGUUUGAAGUUGAAGGUGUUUGUAAAACCUCCAGAUGGUUCGGGUUACGACUCUCCUGAACCGUUCCUGAUCGAUCAGAGCGCUGAGAUCCACCUUCACCGCCUCCUCCUGGUGCUGAUGGUUGUCCUCCUCGUCCUCAUGGACAUGCGGGUGUAGAGUCACACCUGUAGCAGCGCUCACUGCCCCUCAGGGAAGCUCCUCUGUGUGCUAAUAACGCUAAGCUAGCAGAGAACGGCGGUGCGGUUCUGAGAGGAACAGGAACGCCGGGAGGGUUCCAGGGUUUGAGGUUCGGGAGUUCUGGACUCUCUCAUCACGGCGGGAUCAGUGAUCAGGACUCUGGGGGAUCCUGGCGUGGAACACUCGGCUCUUUCAUUCCUCUCAUAAACAUGAGACUGAUUUGUAUUGUACUGGGACUGAUCACACCAGACGAACUGGUUUCAUCUGGUUUAGAUCAGAACUGCUGUGGAAACCAGUAAGAGAUUUAGAAACCAGCACCUCUAGAAUAACCUGCAUGUGGAACACUGUGAGAUACAGAUACAAUAAUAAUAAUAAUAAAUAAUAAUAAUAACAGUAAUAUAUUUUUAUUGAUGCAGUGAUGUCACAAUGUUGAGAGAAACUUUAAAUCAGCAAAAUAAAACAGAGUGAAAAUGACAA